AUACAAAAAGGAGAUAUGUCAUUUAUUAUAAAUACAAUGACUAAAUAUAUAAAUAAAUAAAAAUAAUUAAUCUGUUAUCCACGUUUCCAAACAAUUCUCAGUUAUUUUUUAAUCUUUGUUUCCAAACAAUACUAAAGGUACUUCAGUUUUAAUAAUAUAGAUAAGUACGAUCAAUAAUCUCUCGGUAUAUUGGCAAACGAUUUUUCAAUCAAUAAUCAUUUUCUUGUCAAGUUUUUUUUUUGAAAAAUUGUAUUUUUGUACAUCUUUUUUUUUUGUCAUCAACAUAAACAGACGCAUACAAACUCUGUAAACCAAACUGGAGGAUGUUGAUCCAUGUGAACGACGAAAGACUGCUGUUUCCUGGCACGACGUGCUAGGGUAUCCGCCUUUGUAUUUUGUGUUCUUGGCACAUGGAUAAUCUCUGAUCGAGAAAAACUUUCCUUGAGGACUUUAAAAUCUUCUAAAUAACUUGCAAAAGCUGGUCAUUCUUCUGAUUCCGAAACCAUCUUCACCAAUUGAGAACAAUCCGUUGCAAACGUAACCUGAAAUUGACGUAAGUUCCUCAUACAUUCCAUUGUCCAAAGUAGUGCUUCCAUUUCCGCAUGGAGAGGAGAUAGACUAGCUCGAACAUUUCGUGCCCCCAUCAGCCCUUCAAAACCUGUUAAAGUACUGAACCAUCUCUGUCUAGAGAAAUCAUCAUUCUCUUUCCAGGAUCCAUCUGUAAAACACCAUCUACCUUGGAUUACCGGUAUUUUUGUACAUCAUUUACCUUUAUUAAGCUUCUAAACUCAUCUAUGCAUUGGAGAAGUGCCUAGUCAAUAAAAGGCAAAGCAACAACUUUCUUUUUGCUCUUUCGUGUAUCAUUUCGUCUCUCUUUUAAACGAUUUUACAUUUUUAAUAAACAAAAUUUAGCUGAUUCUCUUGCAAGAACAUGUAUAACUCCAAUCACAAUAUACACAAAACUUAUUAUUAAAAAUUCCAAUCUUUAGGAUUAAUUCGAGAUUCUAUACUCGGUAGUGGUCAUCGUUGUCAGUCGAAUUAAAAAUAGUAUAGUUUUCUCUAAAUUGUUCUACUAAAACUAAAUAAAUAAAGUUUAUCUUUACGUAUCAUUAGUAGUAGUUAUCGUAUGGACCAAAAGAGAAGAAUGCUUGUUACCUACUCUCUCUAAAGGACAGAGAAACAUAAAGUCUCUGCUUAAGGUUUCUUUAGUUCUGUUCUUGUUUCAUUUGGAAAAAUGCAGAAGCACAAAUGCAAGCUCUGUUCCAAGAGUUUCUGUAAUGGCAGAGCACUUGGAGGUCACAUGAAGUCCCACUUGGUCUCAUCACACAGGCCGACUCGGAAGAAACUCAGCGACUCGGUGUAUUCGUCUUCGUCUUCUUCAGAAGGUAAAACUCUGGUCUACGGGUUGCGAGAGAACCCGAGGAAAAGUUUCCGGGUCUUCAGUCAAGAUCCUGAGUCAUCCAUCGUUUACAACAGCGACACCGAGACCGAACCUGAAUCCGUAGACCCGGUUCGGAAACGGAGCAGGACAGCGGUUUCCAAGAACAAGAAGAAGAAGAAGAAGAAGAAAAGGAGUAAGAAGAUGACGAGAUAUAUUAGCUCGCCCGAACCGGCGAGUUCUGUCUCCGAUGGUUCUCAGGAACAUGACUUAGCCAUGUGUUUGAUGAUGCUCUCGAGAGAUUCAAGAAAGAUUGAACUUGUCAAGAAACCAGUUCUUGAAGCGGAAGAAACGAAGCCGGAAAAGAGACAAUUCCCGGAGCUCCGCCGCUGCGUGAUAGAUCUGAAUCUUCCUCCGCCGCAAGAAAACGAUGUUGUCACCGUAGUUUCGGCCAUAUAAAACAGCUGAGAUUUCCAAAGAUUAUUGGAUACAGUAAAAAGAUCAAAACAUCAUGCUGAUUUGUGGUUUCUUCAGGAUCAUUGUUCUUAAAACUAUAAAACCAUUUAUUGGUUUGGAAUCUUCGGAUAUCUCUAUCAAACAAUGUAAGACAAGAGAUAAAACAAGCAACAAGUACUACUUCAAGAUUUGUUCUUCAGUUUUCAGGGUCAUCGAUGAUGAUAAUAAUAUAUUGUUGGAUCUUUGUUAUGUCUUUAUGAUAUUUAGAAUUCUUGAGUUGAUUCUUUUGCAUGAUCUUUGGAUCUUGGACAUUUGAUUUAUUAACGUGUUUUAAAAGAAACUUUAAUUUCAACUGUUUUUUUUUUGUUUACACAAGUGUGUGCUAGGCUGCAAGUCUUUUUUUAAUAAUGUAAAUAUUAUUCUUGUCA